GCCCCCGUCGCCGAGCGCCGAGUCUCGAGCCCGCGGAGCUUCUUCAGACGGGCAGACCGAGAGGAGCGCAGCGCGGCGUGUGGCGGAGCCGAAGUUUGUGGAGGAGAGACCGCCGGCCGAUUUUCGCUUUCACGAGUGACCGAAAACUUUGCGCCGAAACUUUCCAGGCGACAUGCGCAAGAGUGGACGGCGUAGCGGCGCUUCGGAGUGACCAGCGGGCUGGACAGCACGCCAAAGCACCAACGGGAGGAGCUGCAAUGAGGUGCAACUGGCAGCCUGCUGAAGGAGCAGCCCGGUGUUGAUGUCUGUAAACAGCUUCUCUGGCAGACCCUGGCAAAGCAGAAGCACCUCGAGCCACCAUGAACCGCGCUUUUAGCCGGAAGAAGGAUAAAACCUGGAUGCACACGCCUGACCUCCUGGCCAGACACUACAUAGCAUACAGUGCUAAGUUCCUCGGGAGCACAGAAGUCGACCAACCCAAGGGCACUGAAGUUGUGAGGGACGCAGUCCGCAAGUUGAAGUUUGCUCGACACAUCAAGAAAUCAGAAGGACAGAAAACUCCCAAGGUGGAGCUGCAGAUCUCCAUUUAUGGGGUGAAGGUCCUGGACCUCAAAACUAAGGACGUCCAGCACAACUGCCAGCUGCACCGCAUCUCCUUUUGCGCGGACGACAAGACAGACAAGCGGAUCUUCACGUUCAUCUGCAAGGAUGCUGAGUCCAACAAGCACCUAUGCUACGUCUUCGACAGCGAGAAGUGUGCCGAGGAGAUCACACUGACCAUUGGGCAGGCCUUCGACUUGGCGUACAAGAAGUUCUUGGAGUCCGGUGGGAAGGACGUGGAGACGAGGAAACAGCUGGGAAGCCUCCAGAAGAGAAUUCAGGAGCUUGAACAGGAGAACAGCCAGCUGAAGCUGCAGGUGCGGGCGAUGGAAGAGCAGCUGAGGGCGGUGCCCAUGUCUCCGGCCAGCAGCACCGGCGCCCCCUCCACUGACGUCUUCGACAUGGUGCCAUUCUCGACCGCCUCGCCAGUGUCGAUCAACACCUGUGGUCGGCCUCCACCGCCACUGCCUUUGAGGUCCACCGAGGCCAGGAGGGAUCUGUUUGGAGCUGAGCCCUUUGACCCCUUCCUGUGUGAGGCGGCCGACUUCCCGGCGGACAUCCAGUCGAAGCUCGAUGAGAUGCAGGAGGGGUUCAAACUGGGACUGACGCUGGAAGGGACCAUCUUCUCUCUCGACCCCCUGGACAGCCGCUGCUGAUGCCAGGGCCUUUCGUGCCCUCUUGAGAGGACCGCUAAGUGGCACAUGGGCACAUUCCUGGACUGGCAGGAGGAUUCCAGGAGUGAUUUAGCACCUCUCAGCCUCAAGUCCAAGAGGUGCCAUUGCAGGCCAAGUUUAACUGCCGAAAAUGUUCUUUGUAAUCUCACAUUAAUAAAGUGUUUUCUGAAAA